AAAUAUGCUUUUAAGCUACCAGAAGAAGAAGGCAAUGGUAUUAGAUAGCGGCGCCGUUGUGGACUGGAAUGGGACCUCUCUAUUUCACCGAUAUUUUGAUAGUUUAAUCCAUGAAUGGCGCCGAAACAGGACCCGAAACCUAAAUUUCAAGAAGGUGAAAGAGUGCUGUGUUUUCAUGGGCCAUUGCUCUACGAAGCUAAGUGUGUUAAAAUAAGCAUCAAGGACAAACAAAUCAAAUACUUUAUUCAUUAUAGUGGUUGGAAUAAAAAAGUCAUUUUCUCUUCCAGCUGGGACGAAUGGGUUCCUGAAAGCCGGGUGCUGAAGUAUGUGGACAGUAAUCUUCAGAAACAGAAAGAGCUUCAGAGGGCCAAUCAAGACCAUUAUGUAGAAGGGAGAAUGAGGGGUGCCGCACCGAAUAAGAAGAUCCCUGCUGCAUCGCAGAAAAACGAUGUAAAAUCUAAAAAGAACAAACAGAAAGCUCCUGGAGCAGGAGAAGGAACAAGUACAGGGGGAGACCCGACCCAUCCUCCACGAAAGAAGAGGGCACGUGUUGACCCUACGGUAGAAAGUGAGGAAACUUUUAUAAAUCGAGUUGAGGUUAAAGUGAAAAUCCCAGAGGAGCUGAAACCGUGGCUUGUGGAUGACUGGGACCUAAUUACACGACAAAAACAGCUUUUUCACCUACCAGCCAAAAAGAAUGUUGACGCUGUUCUUGAAGAUUAUGCAAACUACAAAAAAUCAAGAGGGAACUCUGACAGCAAAGAGUUUGCUGUAAACGAAGUGGUUGCUGGUGUCCGUGAAUAUUUCAACGUUAUGCUGGGGACACAACUUCUCUACAAAUUUGAGAGGCCUCAGUACGCAGACAUCCUGGCCAAUCAUCCUGACACGCCGAUGUCUCAGAUCUACGGUGCUUCUCACCUCCUCAGACUCUUUGUGAGGAUUGGAGCCAUGCUGGCGUACACUCCUCUGGACGAGAAGAGCCUUGCACUAUUGCUCAGUUAUCUACAAGACUUUCUCAAAUAUCUUGUUAAGAACUCUGUGUCACUCUUCAAUGCAAGUGACUACGAAGUAGCUCCUCCAGAGUAUCACCGCAAGGCAGUCUAAGUUGUAGUUUUUGUUAGUUAAUUAUUAUUAUUAUUAUUUUGUUUAUUUUAAUAUCUAAGGCCUUUGUGCAUUCAGGUUUGGACAAGAUUCUUUUUAUUUUAUUUUAUUUUUUGUCAGAAGGAUGUGAUUUGACCAAAACACCUUUGAGGAACUGAUUUAGGGAACCCUACGAGGAAGAUCCAGAGCAAGAUGUUUAAGUAGUUUUUGGACUUUUUCUUUCAAGAGGAAAGCUGCUGAGUACACUUUUUCUGUGUUGGUAUAUUUUUGAGUACCACUUUCUAUGUUUCCUUGAUAUAUAUAUUUUUUCUUUUUUGUCUAACGUUAACCAGCAUCGUCUCAGAAAGGGACUUAAUCAAGAUUACUUCAGUUUCCCGACUUGAUACUGAUAAAAUGUGUCUCAAGCUGUUAUUUUCUAAUAAAAGCCUUUUUAUUCUGUA